AUGUGGACGCAGGACUUCGUGCGCGUGCUGCAAGGCGCCAGCAAAGUUGCUGAGCAGGUGGUGCGCACACAAGGACCCGAUGUGGCCACCAAGAGUGGACAGCUGUCUAAGCACGCGACGGAGCUCGCUCGGUUGGUGCCCUACUUCCUCAACGGAGAGGGCGCUCCGCCUGCUCCAGCUUCUCAACCAGUACAAGUGCAGCCUGCUGCAGCCUCUAAGCCAGUACAGACACAGCCCACUGUAGCCUCGGAGGCCGUGCAGACGCAGACCAAGACACAGGAGAAAGCUCCGGUGCUGAAGCAACAAGUAGACGCGAUUAGAGAAACGCCUAAGAAUCCGGAGAUGAAGAUCACGACGGAACCGCUUAAGGACGACACGAUCAAGCUCCCGGAACUAGAAAAUAAGACCUCUGAGCCUCUGAAGAUCGAUACACCUCCUGUUGUGGACGAGGAGCCGCCUAAGAAGGUGUGGGAGGAGAAGCACGUGCCGUCGUCGCCGCUGUCCCGUAUCUUGGGCUUUGGUGGCCUUGCAGCAAGGCUGGCAGUAGGCACUGCAGCAGAGAUCGUACGUAGUGGAGGAAAGAACGGUACCUACAAUGCAUUGGUGUCCGAUGCCAAUGCUGAGAAGCUAGCGGAGACACUGUGCACCAUGAGAGGAGCAGCUCUCAAGCUCGGGCAGAUGCUGAGUAUCCAGGACGAAGCCAUGAUCCCGUCUAAGUUGGCGGUAGCACUGGAUCGUGUCCGUGAGAAUGCCCACGUGAUGCCGAAGGAUCAGCUGCACCAUCAACUCAAGACCGAACUGGGUGACGACUGGCGCGACAAUUUUCAAGAAUUCGACGAUGUUCCCAUUGCUGCCGCGUCCAUUGGCCAGGUGCACCGCGCCACGCUGCUGAAUGGUGACCGUGUGGCGAUCAAGAUUCAGUAUCCUGGUGUGGCCGAGUCCAUUGGCAGCGACCUGCUUAACCUGAAGAGGCUAGUGACAUACACCAACAUCUUGCCCCGUGGACUGUACAUUGACGAGAUCAUCCGUGUGGGCAAGGAGGAGCUCACAGCCGAGUGCGAUUACCUUACUGAGGCGGACAACCAGGAACGUUUCAAGGAGCUAAUUGAGCAAAGCGGCAUGGGGGAGAAGUACGUGGUGCCACGAGUGUACCGCGAGUUGUCCACAGCGCGCAUCCUGACAACGCAGUUGAUCUCGGGCGUUGCAGUCGACAAGGCCGUACAUCUAUCCCAGGACGUGCGCGACAGCAUCGCUCGCCGUAUUUUGGAACUCACGAUUCAUGAGCUCUUCAACUGGCGUUUCAUGCAGACAGACCCGAACUGGAGUAACUUCAUGUACAAUGCAUCCACCGACACGAUUGGACUGGUGGAUUUCGGUGCUGCUCGUGAGUAUCCCAAGGCAUUUGUGGACGAUUACUUUAACAUCGUGUGGGCCGCGGCGAACGAGGACGAGAAAACGCUGGUCGACUAUUCAAUUAAGAUGCACUUCCUCACUGGCGACGAGUCUCCGAGCAUGAUGCGCGCCCACGUUGCAGCCGGUAUGGUGGUAGGAGAGCCGUUCCGGUCCCAUGAGCCUUUUGAUUUCCAGAAGAGUCAGCUGACCACUAGACUCGGUCAGCACACGGAGGUUUUCAUGCAUGGCCGCCUGACACCGCCUCCACAGGAGGUGUAUUCUCUUCACCGUAAGCUUGCUGGGGCUUUCCUUAUGUGCAUCAAGCUACGCGCGGUGGUUCCUUGUCGGGAUGUGCUAGAAGACGUGCAACGCCAAUACUACUCCUAA